AUGUCUUCAUCCUCUGAUCCUGCAGUCUACAAACCCACGGUCACAAGUACAGCUCUCCAUACUAUGGGCGCCUCGCUAAUCCCCUACCUCAACAUGAAAGUACACCACCUGAUUCCUUCUCGUCGCUGGAAAGAAAUCGAAGUCACAGGGCACCACACGCGCAGCGCUCCAGCUAUCAUAUACAACAAGGAAAAGAAUGAUAAACCGUUCAAUACGCAACGACCCACCGCAACGAUUUUAGAGGGCGAUAAAUUACGCAUCAAUUGUUUCCCGGGGAGAGAUUAUGUGAAACAUUAUGCUAAUAUCAUAGCAACGUAUUUAGCGAUUGAGGGUAGAGAUCCCAAGAUUGUGAAGGCUGUACUUCCUGAGGAGGGAGACGGGUAUUCGGAAUUCCUUAAUUCGAACUUGAAGGGUCUAGAGACUGAGAAGACGAAUUUGGUGAUUCUGGGAUCGUUUACGGAGGAUAUCUUGAGCUCGGAUGUGCCAUGGAGCGGUAGAGAAACUACAGAUGAGUUGUUUGCGUGGCAGACUAGUACUCGAGCAAAUGGAUUCAAAGCGACGAUUUUAAAAUGUCGAGUAUGUUUCUGGGGAGAUUUGGCGGGACAAUUAGUGAAAUGUUUGAAGGAAAUUUGUGGUGUUUCUCUGCAGUGUGUGAUCUAUGUUGGGAAACUGGGCACGCUAGCCGAGGAACAUAUGCCGAAUUUGACGUUGGCGACGGGGUCGAGUAGUUAUGUUCGAGGAGACUUUGUCAAGUGGGACAACCCGAUUAGUGAGGAGAUUUUGGGGAAGGAGGUGCAGAGGGGUGUGCAUUUUACGUCGGCUUCGGUGUUGGAUGAGGAUCAGUUGUGGCUGGAGAAGUUUAGGGGGAGGUUUUCUUGGGUGGAACCGGAGAUUGGUCAUAUGGCUGUUGCGGCGAGGGAAUUGGAGAUUAGGUUUGGAUAUCUUCAUAUUGUGUCGAAUAAUUUGGCGGGGAAGUUUGAGUAUGAUUUGGGGAAUGAGAGGGAGGUUGUGGUGCUCAGUAAUAGGGUCUUGAUGAAUAAGUGGAUUGGUAAAAUUUUGAAUUAUUAUAUAGAAGAGUUGGAUGGGAAAUUGGCGAAUGAGGCGUAA